AACUACUGAGAAAAAAAAAAGGUUUUACAUAAUCACUUGCACGAUGCUAAAUGUGAAAGAGACCCUUUAAAAGGAGGCAUUUACACUGUGUGUGCGUGUGAAGGACAAGCAGCAGACAGUUCAGCAGGGUCUCUACACCAGAUUUGCAAACAUGGUUACAUCUUACCCCCUUCCUGAAGGUUUUACUGAGAUUGAAGUCUUUGGCAUUGGCACGACACUUCUAGUCCAAGCUCUACUUGGAUUUAUUUUAAAUGGCUUGACAAUCGCCUCAUUUUACAAAAUAAGAGAGCUCAGGACACCUAGCAACCUGCUCAUAAUAAGCCUAGCAGUGGCAGACACGGGAUUGAGCAUCAAUGCUUUUGUUGCUGCUUUUUCCAGCUUCUUAAGAUAUUGGCCCUAUGGAUCAGAAGGAUGUCAGAUUCAUGGAUUCCAGGGAUUUGUUGCAGCUCUGUCCAGUAUCAGCUCAUGUGCUGCAAUAGCGUGGGACCGCUAUCACCAAUAUUGUACCCGUAGCAAACUACACUGGAGCACAUCAAUUUCAGUGGUGAUGUUUGUCUGGGGCUUCUCUGCAUUCUGGUCUAUGAUGCCAUUGUUUGGUUGGGGUGAAUAUGACUAUGAACCUUUAAGAACUUGUUGUACGUUGGAUUAUUCCAAAGCUGACAGAAAUUUCAUCUCUUACCUUUUUCCUCUGGCAUUCUUCGAGUUUCUAAUCCCUCUGUUUAUUAUUAUGACUGCUUACCAGUCCAUACAUCAGAAGCUGAGGAAAAGUGGCCAGAAGAUAAACUCUGGAUUACCAGUAAAAUCACUGAUCAUAUGUUGGGGUCCAUACUCACUGCUGUGCUUUUAUGCAAUUAUUCAGGAUGCAACAAUCCUUUCACCAAAGUUACGGAUGGUGCCUGCUCUCUUGGCCAAGAUGUCCCCUGCUGUGAAUGCCUAUGUGUAUGGACUUGGAAAUGAGAACUACAGAGGAGGAAUUUGGCAAUUCCUCACUGGACAAAAAAUAGAAAAAACUGAAACUGACAAUAAAGCUAAUUAACACAUAUUUAAGUCCCUGUUCUGUUUCACACUGUAGCGGACAAAAACUGGUGUUAUGAAAGUGUUUGGAUUGUUGUGCCUUGAAACAGUUUGUAGUGUGCAACUUUACCGCAAGUGAGGAGCUACUUACAGUUUACUUCAUGUCAUGUUUCUGUAUCCUAAAUUAAAAGACAACCAAUAUGUACAAAUAAAAAGGGUGUUUGGGUAAUAUAUUAUUGUUAUGUAAUAAUGACUAUGUGCCUUAAUCAAAAUAUAUUGUGGUUUAUUAAAAAAAAA